GAUUUGCAUUUCACUUUCCGCGCCGUGAAAUUCCCGCAUUACAGAAACCGAAACGAAGCAUUAUAUUUGCAAUUGACAACAAGUCGGUUUACAAGUUAACCAUUUCGUCUUUUUGACUUAUACAUAUUCGCGUUGUUCGUAACAAUUGAUUUACAAAUGUGUGUGCAUUUUGGCUUCGCGUAGUCAUAGUCAGUGGCGGUAACAACAACAGUUAUAGCAGCGGCGACGGCUGCUUCCAAUUCCAAUAAGUACAAAUAGAAAGUAGAGAGAGCUAAAGAAUUAAACAGGCUAUUUCUUAGCCGCAUUUAAAGUUUGAACGCCGUUGGCAUUUUAAUAAAUCUAUGUACAUUCGUACAUGCAUACAUACAUAUGCAUAUCAGUGGCAAAAAAUCAUUGGCGUGCCGUGGAUUGUUCCUACAACAACAAUAAUAUCAUCAUCCACCCACUACAGCGCUGCCAAGACGUAAGAAACGGCAGCAAUAGUAGCGACAGCAGCAGCGGCAGAGCCAACAACAGCAACAACAACAACAGCACAGCUGUAGCAUUGUCGUCUACACACGCCUUAUUCCCUCCUCUCUCUUACUAACUAUAGUUAAUGCAUUUUUAUUUUCGUGUGCGGUACUUUUGUGCUAACGGUACUCUCUCCGCAUUGUUGUUGUUGUUGCGUGACAGUGACAAAAACAACGCGUGCCACACAAAUUGCUAAAGUACUAUUACUGUCUAUUUUUGCAAAUUGCGUGCACACACACACACACACCUUGUAUGAUAGUGUGGGGGUGUGUGGUGUCUAUAAGUCAGUGCGUGCGUAUGUUGGAAGCUACUCCGCAGGCAUUGAAAACCAAUCUGCAGUCAGUUUUUAUAAGCGGCGCAUAAUACAGUAUUGUUUUUUUAUUCUAUGAACAAACCAACUAAAAUCACAGCAGCAACAACAACUACAAAAACGAACGUCGCGCACCAAUUCAGCUGUGUUCAUUUAAGUAUAUUCGUAUUUGUCGUUGCGCGUAUUACUUGUUGUUUUUUUUUUUUGUUUUGUGUGUGCUUGCUCUUCACUUGUGUACGUGUUUUAAAUUACUGAAAAUAACAAAACAAUUGUAUAAAAUGCAUUUCCAGCUGCAUUGAACAACUCUGCGCAUGCGUCAGCUCGUGCGUGUGUGUGAGAGUGUGUGGGUGCUGCGCCGGCAGUAAAGGAGGAAAAAGCCCCAACACUUGCAAUCAAACAACAGCUGCCUGCCUAACAAGAAGGAGAAGAAGAAGAAACAGCAGCCGGCAAAAACGUCAGUGCAGCGAACGCAGCCAAAGAGUUGGCAGUCGCUAAUCAGCUGAGCCGCCCCCCACACCAAAAAUCCAACACCAACCCAACAAAAAUCCAACAAAUCUAACAUCGACUUACGUACUACACCGAGCCAAAUAGUAAAUAACACACGUAGUCUCACAAUGUAUCGCAUUGGCCCAAUUGGACGCAAAUCAAAUUUCCAUUCACGUGAAAAAUGUCUAAUUGGACUGGUUCUGGUCACCCUGUGCUUCCUCUGCUUUGGCGGCAUCUUUCUGCUGCCCGACAAUUUUGGGAGCGAUCGCGUUCUGCGUGUCUACAAACACUUUCAGAAGGCAGGGCCCGAAAUAUUUAUACCUGCGCCCCCCUUGGCGGCACAUGCCUCGCGUGAUGAGGAUCCCCACUUUAUGGGCGAUCGUCAACGCUUACAACAAAAGAUUAAAGAGGAGCUGGGCGAGAUGCUUGACGAGCCACAACAGGCGGUAGCUCAGGCCCCGGUACCUGCGCCAGCUGUGAAGCCAGCAGCAGCAGCUCCGGCGGCACAACAAGAGCAGCCAGCUGGCUUGGAGCCCGAGGAUGAUGGUGAAGAUCUGCCUGAGGAAGCGGAGCAGCAGCAAAAGGCAGCCAUGCCUAUGAUAGCGGCGCCUCUUGAAGGAGGGGGCGGUGCAGUUUCAGGAUCUACUGGAGGUGUGGCUAAUAAUACUCCACGCCUACAACUGCCUAUGGGCGGCGGCGGACAUCAACCUGCGGAUGCCAGACUAGAGGAGAAACGUGAGAAACUAAAGGAGAUGAUGCAACACGCCUGGCACAAUUACAAGCUAUAUGCGUGGGGAAAGAACGAACUGCGUCCGUUAUCGCAACGCCCCCACACGGGCAGUAUUUUCGGCUCAUACGAUCUGGGGGCGACAAUUGUUGAUGGCCUGGACACAUUGUAUAUAAUGGGGCUGGAGCAGGAGUACAAGGAGGGACGUGAUUGGAUCGAGCGCAAGUUCUCUCUGGACAAUAUUAGCGCCGAGUUGUCCGUGUUCGAGACGAACAUACGAUUCGUGGGCGGCAUGCUCACACUCUAUGCCUUCACAGGGGACCCGCUGUACAAGGAUAAGGCUCAGCAUGUGGCAGACAAGCUACUACCCGCGUUUCAAUCGCCAACGGGUAUUCCGUAUGCCCUAGUCAACACGCGUACCGGCAUUGCCAAGAACUAUGGCUGGGCGUCGGGCGGCAGUUCCAUUCUUUCCGAGUUCGGUACCCUGCAUCUGGAAUUUUCCUAUCUGAGUGACAUAACCGGCAACCCGUUGUAUCGUGAGCGUGUGCAGACCAUUCGUCAAGUACUGCAGGAGAUUGAGAAGCCUAAGGGCUUGUAUCCAAACUUCCUUAACCCGAAAACGGGAAAAUGGGGUCAACUGCACAUGUCACUGGGCGCCCUGGGCGACAGCUUUUAUGAAUAUCUUCUGAAGGCGUGGCUGCAAUCGGGCCAAACGGAUGAGGAGGCUCGCGAAAUGUACGACGAAGCUAUGACAACCAUUAUGGACAAAAUGGUGCGCAAGAGCACCAAUGGCUUGAUUUACGUAUCCGAUUUGAAAUUUGAUCGUUUGGAGCACAAAAUGGAUCACUUGGCCUGCUUCUCCGGCGGCCUAUUUGCCCUUGGUGCUGCCACUCGCCAGAACGAGCACGCAGACAAGUACAUGGAAGUGGGAAAGGGUAUAACCAAUACCUGCCACGAGAGCUAUAUACGGGCUCCCACUAAGCUCGGUCCGGAGGCUUUUCGGUUCAGCGAUGCGGCAGAGGCGCGUGCCUUGCGCUCUCAGGAGAAAUACUAUAUACUGCGACCCGAAACGUUUGAGAGCUACUUUGUGCUGUGGCGGCUGACGCACGAUCAGAAGUAUCGCGACUGGGGCUGGGAGGCGGUGCAGGCCCUGGAGAAGCAUUGUCGAACUGCGCACGGAUAUUGUGGACUGCGCAACGUAUACCAAGCGGAACCGGUAAAGGACGACGUGCAGCAAAGUUUCUUCUUGGCCGAGACACUGAAGUACUUGUAUUUGCUGUUCUCGGAUGACUCUGUACUGCCGCUAGAUGAAUGGGUCUUCAACACGGAGGCGCAUCCGCUACCCAUAAAGGGCGCCAACAUUUAUUAUCGUCAAGCGCCCGCUACACAACCUGCACCGAAUGCCUCAUAAAAUGCCGAAAUGGCUACAGUUUUAGCUAUUUCUGCUAUUUAAAGAACUACCUAGUUUUUUUUUUGUUUUUUUUUUUUAACUUGAAUCUAGAAUGUUUUUAAGGCGUGAUGACAACUACAUAUAUACAUAUAUAUAUACGCGAUGUAAACACACCUUUAAUUCAGCAAAUACAACACGAAUUGUGGAAUUUGUAUCAAGCUAAAUUAUUUAGCUAUAGCUAUGUAUGUAACAUUUCUUCUUCUUUUAUGCAUAUAAGUAUAUAUAUAAAUAUAUAUAAAUGCCGUAUAUAUAGUAUAUGAUGGAACACUGCAAAUGUAUGUGUGUGAGUGUGUGUGUGUGUGUGUGUGAGUUGUAAGCAACAAUCAAUUGUCUUCACAAUUUGCUAAUUUUCAAUAGAUCGUAUGGCAUUUUCACUAAUUCUUGUAAUAAUAUUGUAUUGCAUGCAUUGCAUUGUAUGUAUAUUGUUAAAGAACCAGAACCAGAACCAGAUCAAUAUCAAUAUCCAGCUCAAGCCACUAGUUGCUAGCCCUACAAGCAUACAUUUCCGUUGAGCAAACUUUUUGUUCGAGUGCCAAACCAAAAACUCUAUUCUAUUUAUGUGCGAGUAUGCGAUUCUCUGAAGAAGACUGCUGGAGGCUGGCUGGCUGCUUGAGCUUGGCCAUUAUGUUCGAUAUACAAAUACAUACGCAUCCCUCCUCUCACACCAGAUAUACAGUUAUAGUUAUAGUUUUCGUUUUUAUACAUACAUACAUACACGCGUACAUACGACAUCAUACAACUGUAAACUCAGGUGUUCUUUUAUGUUGACUCGAUAUACGAACAUACCAGAUAUUGAAUGUACAUUUUUUUAAGUUAACGUCGCAGCCUAUGUGUUAUCUAAUAUACUUUUAACUUUCGGAUAGUUUGGCUGUUUUGGCGGUUUUAAGCAUGACUUGUGUGUACAAUACUGUUACAAUUAUUGUCCUUGGGUGUACAUAUGAAUGGAAUAUUUGAGAACGCAUGCUUUAAGAAUUAAUAUGAUUAAUAAUUAUGGAUUUAACGCCUUGCACUUGUUUCACAUGCGCUAUCUAAACAAACGUAUUUACAACUUGCAACUACUUAGCAAAUUCUUGCGAAAGCUAUCAAUCUCUUUGUAUUUACUUAAUACUUGUACUACUAUACGAGUAUGUAUGUUCAUGAACACUUGCUUGCAAGCUUCAUUUUGUAAAUAUGUUUCCAGCUAGCAGCAGCAAAAGGUGUCGGUCGCAUUGGCAUUGCGGUUGCCGAGCCUGACGAUUGGAAUGAUGAUAUUGUCACAUGUAGUUAAUGAUAUAGUUUAAAUGUGUUAUUUUAUACAUAUACACACACUAUAAAUAACUAGAACUUAACUUACUUUAAACAAAUGUAACGCAAAUUACUUUACCACAACAACAACAACAACAACAAAAAACAACAACUCCAAAAUAAGUAUAUAAUAAUAAAAGAAAAAGGAAGAAGAAACAGAAACAGAAACAGAAAAAAAUCAAAACCAACAA